AUAAAGAAUAAUUUCGAGGAAAGGAGGAUCGGUAAGGAUGUAAAGUUUUUCAAAGAAAACACCUCUACAUAUAUGGAAUGGAAGCCAAGAUUGCUUUUAUAUCGAUUGCCGCUCCCUCUUUCCCUUCCCCUUUCUCCCUUUCCUUUCCCCAUUUCUUCAUCUUCCGCUUCCUCUCGCCAAGUUUCUUGGGUUUCCUCUUUCGAUCGGCCUGCUCCAGCCGCAGUCCGCCGUUCCCUUCUCCUCCAGGUCUGAAAUACACAAAGGGCUGUCGGAAUGAGCAUUCGAAGUACAAAUGAUCUACAUGAACAGAGAGCAAGAGUUGUUGAGAGAAGAACAAGAUUGGACAUUGACUUAAAUUGUCCACCCCCAGAUGAGUGCAUUGAUCCAACUGGCCCUCAUGACGAAGCGGCACAGUACUAUAAUCGUCACCAAGAACAAGCUACGGACGCGGUUGAUGAGGACAUUGCUAUAAUCUCCCCGCGGAAAUUUGCUGAAGCCAGGAAGAAUUUUCGAAGAAACCACUUUGAGAGUAGCUACGGUGUAGUCGUCAGACGUAAUGGCAGCACAGAAGUUUAUAGUGCUCUCACAGAUGUAUCAAGUUGGCCCCCCUUUACAAUUUGGUCGCCCCGUACGAUUAGGAAUAGUGUAUCCAUACAGGAACAACAAACAACUCACAACUUGGACCUCCGCUUAAGCUGUGAAACCAGUAGUAGGGCCACUAAGGUAAAAACUGACAUUGUUAUUCCUUCUGCACCUGCACUAAAUAGUAGCAACACACCUGCAGAUCGGAAGUUGCGGUGUGCGAUCUGCAUAGAACCAUUGGUCGAAGAAACGACGACAAAAUGCGGGCACAUUUUCUGCAGGAAUUGCAUUGAAAUAGCCAUUGCUACUCAACACAAAUGUCCCAUAUGUCGGCGUAAGCUUAGAAAACGAGAUAUUAUUCGGAUUUACCUUCCUUUUUCGAGUUAAAAAGAACAAAAAAAAAAUAUGAACACAACACAAGAAUAUUGCUUCUGUGUAUUAUGUAUUCUUUUUCUGAUGACGACAACGACAUAGACGACUAGAUUUGUACUUGCACACAGUUGCAUUAACAAAUAUAGAUUUCUUGAUUUCUUCUU